UGCAAGAGGCACGUCUCCGAACAUCGCGGCCCCGAUCGUCUGUCAGCAUAUUGCUCCGCGAGCAAUACCCACGCCCACCCGCAACGAUCAGACAUGCCGCCAAGGUUAAACUUCCUAGCCUCUUGCAGGACUUUGGUUCUGCGCCCAAAGAGGCCAGCACCGGCCUCAUGGCAGCCGCCACGAGCCCUCUCCUUCAUCAGGGGCUACGCCGACAACGUCACGCCGCCCCCCCCUUCCUCUUCCAGUGAUACUUCACCGGCGACUCCCGAGUCUAGCAAUAAUGAGGAUGAUGAUAUAGUGAUUCCUCUGUCAAGUCUCGACGCAAGCCGGCCGCUUGACGUGAGACCGGCUGAACUUGGCCCGGAUAUGGACAACGAUGAGGCACUUCGGCAGCUCGAGAUGAUCUCGUAUGGUGUCAAUGCCUUUGACCCGCAGGCUGUAGGCCAUAAAUAUGGCGUUCCGGAGCUUCCAAUUCCCGACGGAAUGCACUUGAAGCACCGCUACAAUCCCGUGCUGGACCAAUGCACAAACCUGCUCAUGAGGGACGGAAAGAAGGGCAAGGCUCAAAGGGAUAUGAGCAUGAUUCUCAACUUCCUCCGGACGUUUCCCGCGCCCCGCAGGACCUCGACGCACCGUCUCAUGCCCGGCGCGCCACCCCUUUCUCACCUGCCCCUGGAUCCCGUGACGUACUUUACGCUGGCGAUCGAUUCGGUGGCGCCGCUGGUCAAGAUCCGCAACUUUGCCGGCCUGGCCGGUGGAGGUGUCGCCCUGCCCAUCCCCACGCCGCUGCCGGUGCGGGCGCGGCGGCGCAUAGCGUUCCAGUGGAUCCUGGAGAGCGUCAACAAGAAGCCCUCCAAGGGCAGCGGUAGGACGCAGCUCUCGCACAGGAUUGCCGAGGAGAUCGUGGCCAUCAUCGAAGGCAGGUCGUCGCUUUGGGAGAAGAGGAUGCUGCUCCACAAGAUGGGCACCACGGCCCGUGCCAACGUGGCAAAGCUGACAUCGCCCAGGAGGAGGUAG